AUGAAUUCGAUUUCUAAAGGAGAUGACGUUUAUUCGGUGGCAAGGGUUUAUGCUGACGCUUGUACGAAAAGACCUAAGGAAUAUUGGGAUUAUGCCAAACAUACCAUCAACUGGAAUGAUGUGUCUUCAUACGAGAUCAUCCAGAAAGUAGGCAGAGGCAGAUACUCGGAAGUGUUUAUAGGUACAAAUAUCGUCAAUUCAUCGCUAUGUGUCAUCAAGGUGCUCAAACCUGUCAAGAUAAAGAAGAUAUACAGAGAAAUCAAAGUGAUCCAGAACUUGACGGGAGGCCCCAACAUUAUUGGGUUAUACGAUGUGGUUCAUGAUCCAAAAUUGAAGAUUCCCGCUUUAGUAUUUGAAUAUGUAAAGAAUGUGGAGUUUAGAACUCUUUAUCCAACCCUCACCAUUCCUGAUUUGCAGUUCUAUUUCACCCAGUUAUUGAUUGCCUUGGACUACAGUCAUUCCAUGGGGAUCAUUCAUAGAGAUGUAAAACCGCAGAAUGUCAUGAUUGACCCAGUACAACGGAAGUUGAGGUUGAUUGAUUGGGGUCUAGCAGAAUUUUAUUAUCCAGGAAUGAAUUUCAACGUUAGAGUCGCAUCUAGAUAUCACAAGGGGCCAGAAUUAUUAGUGAACUUGCAACAGUACGAUUACUCAUUGGAUCUUUGGUCUGUUGGUGCCAUGCUUGCCGCCAUUAUUUUCAAAAAGGAACACUUCUUUAUUGGAAGUUCUAACACUGACCAACUAGUGGUGAUCAGCAAAGUUUUGGGCACCCAAGAUUUAAAGGCAUAUUUAAACAAGUAUAAAUUGGACUUACCUAGAGAAUACGACGGGUUGAUUGGAGAUUUCCCAAGAAAACCUUGGAAGAGUUUUAUUAACAAUAGCAACAGGCAGUUUGCAACCCCUGAGGCUAUUAGUCUAAUUGACAAGCUUUUGAGAUAUGAUCACCAAGAGAGAUUGACAGCUAAAGAAGCCUUGGCUCACCCAUUCUUCGAAGGAGCACCUGCAAAAUGA